AUGAAUAUUAACUGCCCCUUACAUAACAAACUAAUUAUACAAAUUGAUAUCGACGUUAAUACACCACUUGGUGAAAGAGCAGUUUGUAUUGAAUGUCCAUCAAAAAGUAGAGAAAAUAUUUCUAGAGUUUUACAGAAAUUCAAAGAAAUUAAUUAAUCAGGAGUUGAGGAAAUCAGAUCUCUAUAAAAUAUUUAAAUCUUAUCUUAAAAAGAAUUAAAGAAAAGAAUCUCCAAUAUUUAAGAAUUAUUUAAAAAGAAAACGAGUGAAUUGCUUUAAAUAAUAGAAAACUAAAAUAAUAAUAUUUUAAUUAACCUAAUAGAGAAAUAAAAUGAGUUCUAAGUUGAAGAAGAGGACUAAUUAACUUUAUCGAAGUUGUAAAAUAUUGCUUAAACGGUUGUUUUGAGUUCUAAUGAUAAUAUGUACGCAGCUUCAUAAUUUUCAAAAGUUAUUCAAUAAACAAUCAAAUCAAUAGAACUUAUAAAUUAGUAGUUAUCGAAAGAAGUAGAAUAAUUACAAGUAAACCUAAAGAUUCAACUUUAAUCAUUAAGUGAGUAUCUCGUAACAUAUACGAAGGAGUGUGUAAUAGAACAUACUUUGGCUAAAAAUGAAAAUUUUUUCAAAACCUCGGAACUGUGUAAAUUACAGGUCAUUAAUUAACUAGAUUAACUUUAUGAUACUUGUGUUUUCAACGAUAAGGUGUUGUAUAUAACAAAUAAAAAUGAAGAGGUAACAGAUAUUUAUAAGAUGGAAGCCUAAGGCUCAUUGAAAAAAUUACAAACUAUAAGAAAUGAUGUAAUUAGUUUAGGAAUGAACUAACAGUAACUUUUUGUAAGAAGUGCAUCAAACAAUAUUUUGAUCUAUUAAACAGAUAAAUCAUUUGUAUUAAAACAAAUCAUUAAUGGAACUAAAUAAGAUGAAGGGUGGAGUCCAUGUAUGGUGUCAGUUGAAAAGAAAUAAUUUUUAAUAUGUGCGUAACCAACUCCCAAGAUAAUAAUCUACAUCAAAGAUCAAGAAAAUGAAACGUGGUCAGAACAUUCUGUCUUAGAAGAUUUCUUUUGGCCUGUAUAGGAUUUGAGUUGUCAUCAAUUUACGAUGAAUAUUGUAGUAUGCACUCAUAAUAAGGACAUAUUUAUAUGGAAGUAACAAGUAACUAAGCCAAAUUAAUUAAUUUGGGUGCCUUUAUGUGAUCCAAUUAAGAAAGCUCAUAGUGAUAGGAUUUAUAGCGUCAGUUGGGUGAAAUCAAAUUAAUUUAUUAGCGGAGGAUUGGAAAUUAAAAAUUGGAAAUAAAACAAAAAUGGCAAUUUCAUUAAUAUCUAAAAAUUAGAUAAAUUGCACAUUGUUGGUAGACUAUGUCAUUUAAGCAUACCUAACAUCGUGAUAGUGUAAGAAUAAGAUAACUGCUUAGAAAUUUGCUAAAUUGACGAUAAAGAUUAACUAGUAAAGUAAGACUCAAUAAAGGGGAACUAUAAAAUACUUUCUAUAUCAUAAGAAUCAAGUUCAAUAGCGGUGAACAAUUUGCAUAAUUAGGUAUUACAGAUAUUGAAAUUUUGUUAUUGA